UUCUUAACGUGAACAGCCUAUACUGGUCUAUGCGUCAAUGAUAUGACUUAAGUGACAUAUGUUAUACAUACACGGAGUUGAAGAAAAGGGUAAAGAAGAGGAGACAUCAAACUCCAAAUAAGAAUUUGAUUUGACAACGUAAUUAAAGAUUGCAUAAGUAUGACUACACAGUAAAAAGAGCAAAGUAAAUAACUUGAAGUCAUCAAUAACCUACCCUAAUGUCAGUGUAUUUUCUACUCACUAACUAAAACCAGUAAUAGUAAAUGAAGCUCAUUCAGCCACAGUAGAAUAUACUGUGAUUCAGCAUUAGACAAGGAUUCCAGUAAAACUCUUUUUGGCUUAUAAGGAUAUCCCAUGUUUGACAAUUGGCUACUACCAUUGGGUUUUUUGGGAAAUAUAAAAUACUGUACAAGGUGAAAUGGGCAUCAAAGGUCUUACAACAUUUGUUAGGAACAAGUCAGAAUUUUGUAUGGAAAGAUUUGAAUUACAUGACACAGAUAUUGUAAUUGAUGGAGAUGCUGUGCUUUGUCAACUUUACUUGAGACAUACAUUCCACAAGAAUGCUUGUUUUGGAGGCGAUUAUGACAAGUUUGGAAACACAAUCUACAAGUUUUUUCUAAUGCUUUCUGAAUGCAAAGUGACACCCUAUGUAAUACUUGAUGGAGGCUACGAAAGUCGUAAAAUGGAUACAAUUCUAGAACGUUUCAAAAGCAGGCUAGAAAAAGUGACAGUACUGAAUCCUAGAACUCAAAAUAAAAAUACGUCUACACCAUUAUUCAUAAGAGAAACGUUCGAGGACAUUGCUGUAAAACUCAAUAUUAAAAUGGUGAGAUGUGAUUUUGAAGGUGAUAGAGAGACUGCAAGUAUCGCAAAAGUACUAAAUUGUCCAGUAAUGAGUAAUGAUUCAGAUUUUUUUAUAUUCAAUGUACCGUAUAUUCCAUUUCUGAAUUUGAAGAUGAGUGUUAUAAGGUCUACAAAAUUAGACCAGAAAACUAACAAGGAAAUAUCUUAUAGGUAUAUUCCAUGUGAGAUUUAUAAGAUUGAUAAAUUUAUUGCUUGUGUAGGAGGAAUGAAGAAAGAAAAUCUUCCUCUUUUAUCUGCAGCAGUGGGAAAUGAUUUUAUGAAGGGGGUGAGUUUAUCAAAAUUGAAUUUGUGUAAAGGAAAUGAAAAUAAUAUUAAUAUGAUUGAAAGAAUAGAAAUUCUUAUAACUUGGUUGACAAUGGAAACUAAAGAAAGUGCUAUCGAGAAAAUCAUAAACUCUUUUGAUGAUUCAGAAAAGCAGUCUGUGUCCAGAGAAAUAGAAAAUGCUAUUAAUGGUUAUACAUUUGUUAAUAGUAAAUAUUUGAAAUAUUUACAGGAUAACCCAAUAGAUCCAGAAGAUAUCGAUAAAUUUGAAGAUCAGCUAGACUCGACAUAUAAUACUUAUGAAAAGUUGACUUCUAGUUUUCCUGCUCCAUUCAUUGAGAAUUUCAGAAAAUCAUUGUACCCUACCAGAUUUUUGGAUAUUCUUACCCAGAAUAAGUAUUACAAUUUCAAGCCACAAGUUGAACUGGACUGUUUGGGACAUAGUCAUACUCCAAGUAUUGAAAUCAUGUCAGCAGUUCAAAAAGUUCUAACUAGCUCGCAAGAGAAUUUAGUAUGCCUAGUAAGAAUUGGCCAAAAUGUUGGUGAACAGGUGCUGCCAGUUUGUAAGCAUGAUUUACCUAGCUUUAGAGAAUUGCAAAAGAUGGAUAAAGACGCCAGAAAACAAAUAAUUUUGAGGGUAAUUAAUAUUGACAACAGUUUUAUUACGAAUACCCUUACGUCGUUUCCAGAAUCCUGGCAUUUAUUUAUCCUGACUCUCAAAUAUAUGAUUAAUAAGUCAAUAAUAUCAUGGCCUCUAGUUUAUACUUUGAUAAUAUGUAAGAUAGUCAUCAGUCAUUUGGACCCAAAAAUAGGAUUCCAUCGCACCGUUCAAACAUUUAACCGACAAUACCUCUACCGAAUCCGUGAAAUGUGGGGUCAGAAAAGGACUCUGCCAAGUACAUACUGGAAUGUUAAAGAUUUCCUGAAUGCCAUUACUUUUGAAGAUGCUCUGCUAGUUAUGAGCCAGGUUAUGCCUUAUUUCGAAAUGAAUAAUCAAUUACUUAGAGAUUACAGAUCAUUUGAUAGGGCUUUAAUGCAUACAACAUCACAAUUCCAAAGUGUUUUAUUACAUGUUAAAUCUCUGAAUCAAUUAUUUAAUAUGCCUUUUGCAGACUUCCUCAUAUCUGAUUGUUUCAAUGGUACUUUUGUUUACAACCUCACAGAAGAUUUGACAAGACGACCUGAUGUUGAUAAUUUCUUGAACUACUGCUUCCGAAAAUCUCCUUUAAUUAUGCAUAUUUUUGAACUCAUUGUGAGUUCUGUAAAAGGAGAAUCAAGAAUACCACUUGGAGAAAAAAGAAGAAGAAUCGAUGUUUGUCAGUCUUCUCAUAUGAAUGUAGUUUAUAAUUAGGUUUUAUGGUUUUUUCAGCUCCUGGUGUCACAAUUUUAGCAACUGAAUUCCAAUUUUACCUGUAAAUGAAUCUGUAUUAUGUGGUUUUUCGUGUUUUACAUAGGUUUUUUGUGGGUAUUUCCGGUAUUCUUAGUUAUGCCCUAUAUUUUUCUGUCAUAAUUAUUGCUCGUUAAAAAUUGGUUUUUAUUGAUCAGAUUUUCAAUACUCUCUAAACAUUUCAUCAUCGAAAAUAUGAUUUUGUGGGUUCUAUGUUAGUCUAUAUUAUUUAUGAAUGCUAUUAAUAUUCAUUUGACAGUGAUUUCAAAAUUUGGAAAAAACUUAUUAGAAUCAAUUAUAUUUGUUUUUAAUUAUUUCUCAUAUACUUCGAAAUUUGUCCAGAAGGUGGAAUUUAGUUUUUUUAU